AUGUCACUCAGCAACAAGCUCAGCAUCGAAGACGUCGACCUCAAGGACAAGCGUGUCCUGAUCCGGGUCGACUUCAACGUCCCGCUCGCCGACGGCAAAGUCACCAACCCGCAACGCAUCGUCGGCGCCAUCCCCACCAUCAAAUACGCCAUCGACCAUGGCGCCAAAGCCGUAGUGCUCAUGUCCCACCUGGGCCGCCCCGACGGCAAGCGAAACCCCAAGUACAGCCUCAAGCCCGUCGUGCCGGUCCUCUCCGAGCAGCUGGGCAAAGACGUGACGUUCACGGACGACUGCGUGGGCAAAGAGGUCGAGGAUACAGUCAACAAGGCGUCGGGCGGGCAGGUGAUCCUGCUCGAGAACCUGCGCUUCCACGCCGAGGAGGAGGGCAGCAGCAAGGACGAGCAGGGGAAGAAGGUCAAGGCGGACAAGAAGGCGGUUGAGGAGUUCAGGAAGGGGUUGACGGCGCUGGGGGAUGUGUAUAUCAACGACGCAUUCGGCACGGCCCACCGCGCGCACAGCUCCAUGGUCGGCGUCGACCUCCCCCAGAAAGCGGCCGGGUACCUCAUGAAGAAAGAGCUCGACUACUUCGCGCAAGCGCUCGAGAACCCCAAGCGGCCCUUCCUCGCCAUCCUGGGCGGCGCCAAAGUCUCCGACAAGAUCCAGCUGAUCGACAACCUGUUGGGCAAAGUGAACAGCCUGGUCAUCUGCGGCGGCAUGGCCUUCACCUUCAAGAAGACGCUCGAGGGCGUCGGCAUCGGCAACAGCCUGUUCGACGAGGCGGGCGCCAAGACGGUCGGCGACCUCGUCGAGAAGGCCAAGAAGAACAACGUCAAGAUCGUGCUGCCGAACGACUACGUCACGGCGGAUAAGUUCGACAAGGACGCCAAGACGGGCUAUGCGACGGAUGAGGACGGCAUUCCGGAUGGCUGGAUGGGACUCGAUUGCGGGGAGAAGAGCAUCAAGCUGUACAAGGAGGCUAUUGACGAGGCGAACACGAUUCUCUGGAACGGGCCGCCGGGCGUCUUCGAAUUCGAGGCGUUCGCGAAUGGCACCAAGCAGACUAUGGACGCGGCGGUUGAGGCGGCGCAGAAGGGCAAGAUUGUCAUCAUUGGAGGCGGUGAUACGGCGACUGUCGCGGCGAAGUAUGGCGUCGAGGAUAAGCUGAGCCAUGUCUCGACGGGCGGCGGUGCGUCGCUGGAGUUGCUCGAGGGCAAGGAUCUGCCGGGUGUUUCGGCGCUGUCGAACAAGCAGUAG